UUUAGGAGGGAGCUUUUAAGAGGAAAUUAUGAUACUCAGCUGCUUCCACGUCAACAGGGAAGUCAUAACGAGACUUUUGGUCAUUGGUGGAAAUGUAGAGUGAAGGCAGUGUGGUGGGAAGUGUUAAUUAAAUCGUUUGCGGUGCUUCAGGACUAGUGCAAAGAGAUAAUCAGGACCAGUGUGAACCAGCUGGCUCACUUGUGAACGUGAAUAUUGGUAAUGAAAGUCAGAGGAAAAAUACAGAGAACAAAUAAUGGAUGUAGAUAAUAAGUGCAUCCGGGCUUUUGUGAGUAAUGUUGUUGUGUUCCCUGACGAAACCUGCCAGGCUGUUAUUCAGGUCAAGAAUUCUAAGAUUCACUCCAUCCAGAGGCACAGCACAGACGUCUCAGCCUUCACGGAGGACCAGGUUGUAGACUGUGGUGAUCUUGUGUUGAUGUCAGGCCUGGUAGACUCACACGUGCAUAUUAAUGAACCUGGACGUACAGCUUGGGAAGGCUUCAGCUCAGCCACACAAGCAGCAGCAGCCGGAGGCAUUACUACCUUAGUGGAUAUGCCUUUGAACUGCAUCCCAGCCACAACAUCAGUGAAGGCUUGGGAAGUCAAGAUGGCUGCCGCUGAGAGUCGGUGCUGGGUCGAUGUUGGCUUCUGGGGAGGAGUCGUGCCAGGAAACUCAGCGGAACUUCUCAAGAUGGUUGCUCAUGGUAUCUGUGGCUUCAAGUGUUUUCUUGUAAACAGCGGUGUUGAUGAGUUUCCUUGUGUCACCUUUGACGAUGUAAGAGAAGCUCUUCAAGAACUUGUUGGCAGUAAAUCUAUUUUACUGUUCCACGCUGAGUGUGAGAUUGAAGACACUAUAUCUGAUGAAGAUCCCCCUGGGCGUUACAGCACUUUCUUGAAGUCUCGACCGCAGAAGAUGGAGGCAUUGGCCAUACAGAGAAUCAUCAGUCUUUGUGAAGAGACUAAAGUGCGUUGCCACAUAGUUCACCUGUCAGGAAGUAAGAAUCUUCCCAUGAUAAGAAGGGCCCAGGAGAGAGGUGUUCCUCUCAGUGUGGAAACCUGCUAUCACUACCUUACACUCUCUGCUGAGGAGAUCCCUGAUCAUGCUACUCAGUACAAGUGCUGUCCUCCUAUAAGAGAGGCUGAAAAUCAAUGCCAGCUCUGGGAGGCGCUGAGGGACGGCACUAUCCAGCAAGUUGUGAGUGACCAUUCUCCCUGCACCCCUGAUCUCAAACAACCAGGGAAGAUGAAUUUCAAGGACGCCUGGGGUGGAAUCUCCUCACUUCAGUUUGGCCUCUCUGUUUUCUGGACUGGAGCCCAGGCGCGCGGGUUCACCUUACAAGAUGUUGUUAAGUGUAUGAGUCUAGCACCAGCCACACAAGCUUCUCUUCAACAAAGGAAGGGAGCUCUCAGAGUUGGUCUAGACGCAGAUUUUGUUAUCUGGGAUCCGACUGAGACAUUUACGAUUAAUGAAUCCAUGAUACUUCACAGGAAUAAACUCACGCCUUACUUGGGCAAGACUGUGAGAGGUAAAGUAUACAAAACAGUUUUACGUGGAAAUGUCAUAUAUGACAGAGGAAAUUUCUGCACAGCUGUACCAAGAGGAAAAUUUGUAUUUGCACCAAAUUUAAUAUAAGAUCAGACGUGUAGUUAUAGGACUGAGAUUAUUUUUUUGCAACCUCAUCAAUGUAACUUUUAUGUAGGAUGUGGCACCUGAACAAUCAUGAUUAAUAAUACUAAUAAUAUAUUCAAGGGGAAAAAUGAACUUGUAGAACCAUGAAACCAGAAGAACUAAUAGGAGAGAUUAAUAAUAAUAUAAUGAUAAUAAUAAUAAUAAUAAUAAUAUAUUCAAUGGGAAGAUCUAAACUUGUAUGGAUCGCAAAGUGCGAUUGUGAGGCAAUCAAGUUGGAUCCGAGGAAGGGGAGUGUAGCUCCGGUUCCAUGGGUCGAAAGCCUUUCACAAACGUCAAGGCGUCCUUAGUGAAGGAUGUCAAGAAUAAUCAGCCAGGAAUUGGUUGGAACAUCAUUAUACUGUGAACGAAUUUAGUAUAAACACAUCUUAGUUCAUGUGUGUGGAGGGAAAAAAAUGUUAUAAUGUGUGAAUAAGGUCAAGUUUCUUCACCAUUGUGUUAAAUAUAGCCUUUGAAGAUUAUCCAAUAGGCCUCUGUAGAGAGUCGCAACAGACCUUUGGAAAUGGUUUUAGCAUUUUUGGGAAAUGCUCUGAACAGGUCUCUGGAGAUGGUAUAAAAAAAAAAAACUCCAGCUGGCUUUUGGAGAUGGGUUCAACAGACUUCCGGAGAUAAGUUCAAAAGACCCUUAGACAUGAGAUUAUUUUAUUUUUUUGUACGUUAAAUAUGACACUCUUCACUAGUAUGCUUUCGGAUUAAGUAUUUUCCUUAAGAAGCUUAAUAUUACUCUGUACCUCAGGUUAUUUCAAGUCUGGCACUGUGUGUGAUGAUGGAGAAAAUACACAUUGCAGAACAACCUUUUGUUAGGCGAACGUUUCGAUUUGUAAAACUUUAACAAGUCACAAAUUUCACCAAUUUCUGGUCCUGUCUAUAGUGUAGGCUACUCCCACCCGUCUUUAGUGGAGGCGACUAACUCGAUUUACUGUUAGGUGAAAAGGGUCAGCAUGUGGAAGAUUUGCCCAUACGUUUCGAACCUGGUUUCCUUUGGUUGGGAGCCAAGCGAUCCACCAGGGAACUUUAGGAACGCUUGAAAUAGUGAAAAAAUUUUUAAGUAUUAGGUCUCCUGAAGAUGUGUCCUCACCAAUUUGUACUGACGGAUUUCUGUUUGAGUAAGCCGAGACUCAGCUCUUGGCCCCGCCUUGCAUAUAACUAAUCAGCAUCACCGAUCUCUUCCAUUCUUGGUCUAUAUCAUAUCUACUUUUCUGUAUGUGUGUGUGUGUGUGUGUUUUAGUUACCAUUUUCUCAGGCACUUGUCACUAAGACACUUGGCCUGUUGUGUGUGUGUGUGUGUGUGUGUGUGUGUGUGUGUGUGUGUGUGAUCAAAUUAUUAGAGAAACAUUGCUGAAGCAGUAAUUACAUCUGUUACAACUGUUGAAGUAGCAGUAAUAUAAGUUUAUCACUGUUGAAACAGUAUCAGUAUUUUAACUAUUAAUAUCUCUUGUCAUUAAAUGUUCACAAGAUACAGUUCCUCCGUCACCGUCACCUAGAGACAAUAUCUUCAUCAGUAUAUUUAUCUCUUAGUUCCGAAGAUGGUGCUUUUCUGUGGCCAAUGAAAUUGUCUUAUAUUUUUUAGCUUAAAUGUAAAAAAAAAUAAUUGAUGGAUUACUGUACAUAAUAUGUUAUAUCUUUUGUGCUCAAUGUGUUUUUAAAAUGCAAAAUGGGAAACUCCCUCAAGGGAGGCGCUUUGGACCUGUACUCAUUUUCUUUGGACCAAACCUGAAUGUCUCCCAUUCUCCCAGGCGCUGUGACUCCUACGGGUUUAACGCUCUCCCAUGAAUGUACUAAUAAUGUAAAGCAGGAAAAGGUUAGAAAUUAUUAUUAACACAGAAUGUCGUUAGUCUGAAAUGUUUGUAUCAUGGAGCCUAAUUCUAUACGAGUCUUGUAGCUCAAGCCUAUAAUUUUUGUUCUUGACCGAAAUUAUUUUGGUUUAAUUUACUGCUUGUUGAAUAAACAUUAAAAGUGAA